AUGCCUUGUGCUCAGGAAAACGCCCGCAACUCCAAGAAAGUGUGGGUUCUGCCUACGGCGCAGUGUGUGCUGGCAGCUGCCCCUUUUGUUUGCCAUGGGGGCAGGGCUAAGCCCGAGACUCUGGCUUUUGAGCCCAGCCUAGGGUACUGGAGGGUGAGGGCCAGGGUCUGGAAGAGAGCUGUCACCGCAGGCCACCCCCAGAUACAGAAGCUCAAUCCCGAAGAUUUCCCCGCGGCUGUGGCCGGGGCGGGAGAAUCGCCGUCGUGUGGUUGCUACUGGCAACCGAGCCUCCGCCGAGCGCAGCCUGCAGCCUCGGGAGGAAGGUGGCGAGGAAAGCGGCUUCGGCGCGGAGGGCGCUCAGUCCCGGCCCCCCACAGGACGGUCGCCCACGCCAGCUCCCAGAGGCCCUCCGCCCCCGUUGCCGCAGCUGUGCUCGGCGAGGAGCCGGAGGCCUCUGCGCUCAGCAGCGGCGCGGCCUCGCAAGCGUCAAAAAAUCCCGGCGCCCUCCGUGAAAGCAACAUGGCAGCCGGGACUGCAGCCCCUCGGCACCGGGAACGCCAACGGAUCGCGCCCGUCCCGGGUGUUCGCGCCUUGAGCAGGGUGCUGCCCCCGGCCCGCAGCCCACCGUGCUCAGAGUGGCUGAGGAGUCGCCCUUUGUUCUCCUCCCGGUGGCCUACUCUUGCUCCGGGGUCUCGACCCUGCGACGCCUCCAUGGGGGGGGGUGGGUGGUGGGAGGGGGAUCGGCCGCUGGACGCAAAGUCCUGCGUCCCCCGCGGGCCGCCACUGGCCGUGUGGCUUCUCUCCCCACAGUUUAGGUUCCCAGUUCCCCCGCUCACAUCUCGGAGGUGUGAGGUGGGAGACUGGGGUGGGGAUCACGGGCGGGAACCUAGACAUGCUCCUCAGCAACAGUGAAAUAAGACCUUCAGUAGUGGGCAGAGGACAGCUGGGCUCCAUUCUCUGUCACACCGGCCCCUGGGUACAAAGGUCCGAGGAAAGGUCCCUCCCAGGCCCCAGAAGAGGAAAGCCAGGGGGAGAACUUUUACUCGCUAAAAUGGUGUGUGUUGGGGUGUGUGGGGGUGUUCUUGGGCGAGUCAGUUAUGACUUCCCACACAGCGUGCUACAGACUCGCCGAAAUCCGUCCCCAAAUGGCGGUUUCUGCAGCCUGCUGCACUGAUUAGCGGAUCGGUUUGUUUGCCUUGCCUGCCGGCAGGCCACUUUCGCUUCUCCCGGAUCAGAGAAGCGCUUGCGCCCGUGCGCCCUCGCAUCCGUGCGCCCCUCUCGCCGGCUCCACGACCUACGUAGAGAUUGGGUGUCCCCUUGGAUGACCCUUCUCCCAGAGCCCGAGGUGCCCCGCCUGUGUCGUCCUCGCCCGCUCCACCAUCAGGGCGUCCACCCAGGAGAUGGACACGCUCAAAGUGAGCACGCCAUACUCCUGGUCCUGGUCACCUGCGGGGGACCUGGGCAGCUUCCAGUCUGUUAGUAACUUUGCUUCAAAUCCGUCCAACAACAACGGGACUCCAAGCUCCAAAGACACCACCUUGGUGAAGGGGAAGUGGCUUUGCAACUAAAGCGUGCAGAGAGGAGGGGACAAAGGGGUGACUGUCUUGCAGCCUCGGGGUAAAGGGGUCCACGCGGGACUCCGGUCCGCGCCCUAACGGCCGCGCGGCCCUUGGACGUGGACGGCUUCAGAGAGAAGGUCGCGUUUCGAGGCUGCAGCCCCGCGGCUCUGGCCGCCCAUCCCCCGGAGCUCCGGUUCCGCAAGCCCGCAGGGUCCGUCGGCCUCGGGAGCCCGGCCCGGCCUGACGAGCUCGCAUUCAAAUUUGGCGGGAGCCGCGUCCGCCGAGCUGGGGGCGGUGCGAGAUGAGCGGCGCACGCGCAAAAUGGCCUCCCGGGUCCUCGCGGCCUGCGCUCGCUCUCUCGUGCGUGCGGGGAGAGCUAGAGCUCAGACGGACAGAGGGACACUACCUCAAACCUUCCCCCUGACGUGGAACGCGGCGCUGCCGUCCAAGCGAAGCUGCUUCCACAGUCAUCCCGCUCCCCUCCAUCCUUUAACUGGAGACUUUUUUUUUUUUGGUGGGGGGGGGGGGGGGUGGAGGAGACAGGUGUGACAAUCAUUCUGGUCCCUGGCUUUAUUUUCCGCUACUACUUUCUUUUAUUGGAAUAUCUCCCCCGGUUUCUGGGUCCUUCGGAAGAAACACUGCAGCAAUCUCUGUUGCUAGUCCCAAUUUUCGACGUGUUUCCCCCAUACCAAGAUCCAUAGCCUUCUAAGUCAAGUCACUCCUGUCAGCUUGGCUUCUACCUGAUUUAGAACAGAGUUGGAGCUCGUAGUUUGGGUUUCAUCAUGGCCCCAAGUUAAUACCAACCAGGGAUGUUUUUUAUUGACAUGUAGGUAACCAAGGGAAGAGCAGCUUUUUAAAAAAGUUCUUCUGAUAAUCUCUGGAAGUAGAUUGUUGGUUGUUUUUUUGUUUGUUUGUUUUGUUUUGUUUUGUUUUUUUUUUUGGCAAGGGUCAGAGAGAAGGGAUUUUAAUUCAUAAGUUUUUAUUGGGUGUUUUACUAUUUAUUCAAGAGGCUAAAUGAGAUGCCAAGAUGAGCUUUCCACUUUGAACGUUUUCAGAAAUCCCAUAAGGAUCCUGGAGUGAUAGAUGAUUUCUGUCUUGGUGAAGGCAGUUUUAGUGAAGUUCUUCGUGUGACAAAUACCUCCAGAAAUUACACACUAAGAAAAAGAAACUGAUGCAAAUAAAGGAAAUCCGUUUUAGGAACCAAAAGAAAAAAAAAGUUUUAAAAAUUAACUGCGGAAGCAGGAAACACUCGACUGUGUAAACAUUUUUCAGAGACUUUCAUAAUCAAAGAUGGGUGAUCUUGCGAUUUGCUGUGUGAUUCUCUGGUUCAAGGACUCCUCCGGACUGUUUCUCACCAGGCUUACUGGAGGCUGGAAUGUGUGAUAACUUGUUUCUCUUCCUUACAUAAAUCCUUGGUCACACUUGGAAACAAGGGAUUGGGGGUGGGGGUGCCACUAUUGCAGAUGUCGGGAUGGGGGGGGGACGACAGAUUUUGGAAACAACCACCUGUUUAUACAAGAAGAUAACUUCCUUAAGUGCUAUAUAUCUAAGAGCUGUAAAUUAGAGCAGGGGGUCCAAGUUCCACUUCAUUGGGUGUAUUAAGGGAUAUGCACUUUUUGAGAAGGGUUCUAACAUGAUGGAAAGCUAGUUUAAGUACAAUUUGACUACGGC